AUGAAUCCUAGAUGAAUUGAGGAUGUAAACGGUGAUGGAAAAGCUGACAUCGUUGGAUUCAAUGCAGACGGUGUGGUAGUUGCUUUAUCGAAUGGAGUAAACUUUGAUAAAGCUACCUUAUGGUCAUGGUGGUUUGGGAGCUCAGCAGAUGCUGGAAGCUGGACAAAUUUUGAUCAAUUUCCAAGAUUUGUAAAAGAUAUGAACAAUGAUGGAAAAGCAGAUAUUAUUGGCUUUGGAUCAGCAGGGAUUUAUAUAGCUUAUUCUAAUGGAAAACACUUUGAAGAACCCUUUUUGGCUAUGUCUAGUUUUGGGGCAGUUAGUAAUGGAGGCGGUGGAAAUUCAUAUGAUAGACACCCAAGAGUAGUUAUGGAUGUGACAGGAUAUGGACUUUUUGAUAUUAUUGGCUUUGGAAAUGCUGGAACAUUUGUUUCUGUAAUGGUUGAUGAUAUAGCUGAUAUUAAGAUUACUAAGUUGAAUGCUAUCAAAUCUGAUAACUCAUUAAGCGAUGUAAAGUGCUUAAGUGAAUAUGAAAGUAAUGAACUAGAAAUUAAUUGCUUUGAUAGAUGCAAGGCAGAAUCGCGUGAAAGUAUUUUGAAAUUUGAUAGCUCAAAUUCUGAAGGGAAAUUCUAUUGGAUUUGGGCUUGAAUUUUAUUAUUUGGAGUUCUAGGUGUUGCUCUUUUAAUUUGUUUUAAAAAAAAAUCAAGUAAGCCUUAUUAUCUUGAAUUUUGUGAAGGCUCAGCAAGCUCUUAUAUGAGCUUGAAAUAA